AAAGUUAUUUUGGUACUUUACAUCAUGGACGUCUCCCCAUCAGAAACUACGUUAUCGGAAGUAUUUCGUUGCUUCAUAUGCAUGGAAAAACUGAAGGAAGCCCACCUUUGCCCGCACUGCUCCAAACUGUGCUGCUACAUGUGCAUACGCAAAUGGCUGACCGAGCAGAGGUCGCAGUGCCCCCAUUGCAGGGCCUCCCUGCACAUGCACGAACUGGUGAACUGCCGUUGGGUCGAGGAAGUCACCCAACAACUGGACUCGUUGAAUGGGGGAUGCUCCAGCGACAGAAGAGCCGAAGAAGUGAACAAAGACAGGUGCACGAAGCAUUUGGAGAAGUUGUCCGUGUACUGCUGGACCUGCAGAUGCUGCAUCUGCCAUCAGUGUGCUCUUUGGGGUGGAGAACAUUGCGGUCAUACUUUCAAACCUCUCGACGAGGUUUACGAGCAAAAUGUCACGCAGAUUAGGGAUGAGGUUGGACAGUUGAGAAGAAGGUUGAUGGAGUUGAUAAGUAUAGUGCAAGAAGUGGAUAGAAACGUAGAGUCAGUACGGAAAGCUAAGGAUGACCGCGUGCGUGAAAUAAGAACCGCGGUAGAACUAAUGGUCAAUAAACUUGACACUCAAUUAAAAACGAAACUCAUCACCCUCAUGAAGCAGAAGGAGACUUUAACACAAGAAACGGAACAAUUGGAAAAAUUACUACACGAAACAGAGCAUCAACUCCACAACUCCACCAGAUCUGAGUUGAUUGGAAAAAGCUCCGAUUUAAGCAAAAAGAUACAAUCAGUUAAGGAAAAACCCAUGACUUCUUGUGUUACUGCACCUGUCCCAGCCGACUUCCACAGGUAGAUGUGUUCUUUAGAUCAUUUUAGGUAAUUUUGAUGAACUCUUAUAGUGAAAUGAUUCCCCCAUAUGAAAGCAGCACUUUCAUAAUGCACAACUUCUCGAAAGCCAAGCUAGAAUCUGAGCCGGUCUACUCUCCACCAUUACACUCAAAUGGUUUAUCAUGGAGGCUGAAAAUAUACCCAGAUGGUAAUGGUAUUGUCAAAGGAAACUAUCUAUCUGUUUUCUUGGAGUUAAGCUCUGGUUAUCCAGAAUCAUCCAAGUAUGAAUACAAAGUAGAAAUGCUUCAUCAGGCGGGUGGGGAUUCAACAAAAAAUGUUGUUAGGGAGUUUUCUUCAGAUUUCGAGGUUGGGGAAUGCUGGGGGUACAAUAGGUUUAUACGGUCUGAUCUUUUGGUCAGUGAGGGCUAUUUAAAUGUUCCUUUGGAUACUAUUGUGCUAAGAUUCCAAGUAAGAGCUCCGACCUAUUUCCAGAAGAGUAGAGAUCAACAAUGGUACAUUAACCAGUUACAAGCCAUACAAAAUAGAUAUAUUUCACAGAUCAACGAAUCCAAAGAGAGACUGGCAGGAAAAUUUUGCAAAGGGUCCUCCAAAUCAGAUUCAACCAGAUCCCAAGCUAAGAAUGUCUAUAAACUAAAUAACAAUGAAGUACAUCCAGAUAGAAUUCCUUUUACUGACCAUGCUUUUCAAAAAAGUACCAACACAGAAAGCUUCAAGAAAAGUAACACAGCUUUACAUCCUGCAAAAGGGUCUAGCUCAGCUUCAUCCUCAGCUACGUACAUUAAAAACAAACAAUCAGAAAAUAAUACUGAAAAUGAUAAAACUCAAAGUAGGCCUUUGCUAGGGCUUGGAGUAUCAUUAAGCUCACCAAAUUUACUGAACUUUUCCAUGUCUUUGGCCCUCAGCAGCAGCAGUAGUGAGAGCGAUAUAAGUCAAACUGAAUACGAAGCCAUAAAUGAUGACGAGGCAUCCAAUGAUGAUAAUGAAGAAAAUAUAACAGGAAAUGGUGAUUAUUUAAGCGAUUCAAGCGAGUCGCAUUGUCCCCACCACGAGACAAGCUGUCAGAUUGCGGAAAGAGAAAUAUGCCAACUUAAAAAAACCAGAUCAAAAUAACUUUUUUUACAUAAACCGUGCUAAAUUAUAUGUAUGAUGUUUGUUUUUGAGUAGAUAAUACAAAAUGCAUUUUUGACGAGUUAUUUAUUAUAAAAUAUAUACAUCAGGUACAAUUCUUUUUAAAAGUCUUAAUUUAAUUAUUAUUAUAAUUAAAAUUAAAGGAUGACUUGUUGGUACUGAAGGGGGCCU